UUCAGGUUGUGUAUAAUGGAGUGCAAGAAUAACAAAAAUGGCGUAGCAUUCCACACACUAAGCGAUAUGCGGGUAUCUACAUUUCUACUAUCUGCUUGUUACUCGCUAUUUCUUUAAGUAAUUGAAAAAUCGUCUUUAGAAGUGGAACUCUGAGUGAACUACGCAAUCGAAACUCGUGCAGUGCGCUACACGGUUCUGUAAUAUUAGAAAAAUACUUAGUUUUCCAACGCGUAUUUUGAUGCUCGUUGACUCGUUCUACGUUUAUGUACUCAAGGAAGAGAGUUUGUUUUGGAGCAUACUGUAAACAAGAAUCAUUUGUCUUUUCUUUAAAUCUACUGAUUGAUUUUGCGUUUGAACAGUUCUCUUUUAUUAAACUAAAAGGAAUACUCGAAACUGUACCUAUACUUAGAAAUAAUUAUUGUAAUUACAACUACUUUUCGUAUAAUGUAUUUUAUGAAUAAUAGAGAGAAAUAGUUCUGACUGCUUCUGUUAGAUGGCGCCACUAACUGAAGGGAUUACACUUGUUGCCGAAUUAAAUAACUAUUCAUAAGAAUAAUAAAUUGGACAUACUAACACCAUAUCGAAGUGUUAUAAGGCAAAGAAUCCUAUUAAUUAUGCAUUUAUGACAAAAAGAAGAGCAAUCGAUUAAAAGGUAUCCGUGACGUCAUCUAACUGGAACAGCCGGAACUAUUUUCGCUACAAACUUAGGUGUUUUCUCACCGAUGGCGCCACUGGUGCACUAAACCAAUCGCCAUCUGGUGGCGAAAGUAUGAACUAUUUUUACUAUCAUUAGCGUGACUAUUAACUCCCGACUUGUGACUAUUUGACAUUGCCUCUGAAACGGCAAAUAUUCACAUUUAAACAUAAAUACAUUAUGAGUUCUUUAUAUUUUUAUACGAAUUUUAUACGAGAAUUAACGAAAAUGUUAAUAAAUUAUAAUCGCAAAUACAUACUCUUUUAUAUGUUUUUAUAUUAUGCACUUUAUGAGUUAAAAGCAUUAAUUGCUACAACUUAUAAGUGGAAAAUUGUACCCAACAAUGUCUUGACGAAAUUAAUAAAACAAUCUUAUAUCAUGAAAAAAUAUUAUGUCGACUGUAAUUCUUGUUUGUUGAUAAAUAUGAAAUAUUUAGAAUUGUCUGCACCGACUUGGUACUAUGUAUGUUCUAAAGCAUCCUUGAGAAAGUACAAAAUAUUACUCAUACCUUUAAACAAUAUCGACGGAAACGAAAUAUUUGUAUCUGAAAUCGUUAGACAUAACAUAGAAAAUGCAUUACAGUGCACCAUUGACACUUGUUUCUUAUUACCAAUAAAACAUAAUUUUGUUAGUUUUGCUACAGAGGUGAAAAUUUCUAUGAUAUCAAAUCCAUAUGAAAGUACAAACGAUGUAGUAAGUACUGUGUUAGAAAAUUACUUUUCCAAACCUCGAUUUUUAAGGAGAAAUGAUUUAUUUGGUAUCAAUGUAAAAGAGCACAUAUCGGAUCAAGCGUAUUUACAUAGCAACCCUUCCUUGUCUGUGAUAUAUUUUAAAGUUAAUUCUAUUAAAGUUGUUGAUAAUAAAAAUUGUACAAAUAAUAAUUGCUCGUACAUUUUACGUGGAGAAACAACACUUAUUCAAGAGCCAAAUGUCCAUAGUUACUUACCUCGAAAACAUUCUUACCUUGAAGAAACCACAGAGAUGUUAAUAGAACCGUAUCCACCAAAUUUUAAAGAGCCUUUGGAACAUUUAGAACACUGUAUUUUGCCAUUCAUAAACUGUGAUAUUCGAUUACCCAUAAAGCCAAUAUUUCUUGUUAGGGGACCACAGGGUUCUAACAAAUGCAAGUUAAUUCAAACCGUAUCUGAAAAAUUGGGUUUGAAUUUUCUUUGUACAGACUUUGCAGAAGUUCAAGCGUUAACAUCCGCUCAAACGGAGGCUAAGCUACGUAUCGUGUUACAUAACGCUAAGCAAUCUGUGCCAUGUAUACUUUAUUUAAACAAUAUAGAGGUAUUUGGGAAAAAUUCUGAGGGCCAAAAGGAUGAAAGAAUUAUAUCAACGUUUUCAACCGAAGUAUCCGCGCUAUACGAUAAAUGUGUAAAGUAUCCUGUUAUUAUAGUAGCUACUACAAGUGAAUCCGAUAUAUCAGCAGAACUGAGCAGAAUGUUCAUUGAAACAAUUUAUGUGGACCACCUAGAUCAAAAUAAAAGGGCAGAUUUAAUUUCAUGGCUACUUGCAAAAAGAAAUUUGUGUCACAAAGUGAAUUUAUCAAAGAUAUCUGGAAUGUGUUCGGACUUUAGAUCUUCGGAUCUUAGAGCCCUGAUAUUUAACGCUGUAAAAUUUCAUUGCAAAAGGAGCGAUAGUAAAGAUUUGGAAUCGUUAACGCUAUCGCAAGAAGAUUUUGAUCAGGCUUAUGAGUAUAUGCAAUCUAUAUACACCGACUGCAAGGGAGUACCACGCGUACCAAAAGUUCAUUGGGAAGACAUAGGUGGUUUAGCGGAUUUAAAACAUGAAAUUAUGCGUCGAAUUCAGCUCCCACUGUUGAAUGCUCUUGGAUUCGGUCAGUCUGGACUGCUUUUGUACGGGCCCCCUGGAACUGGGAAGACGCUUCUCGCUAAGGCCGUUGCGACGGAGUAUCAACUUCAUUUCUUAUCGAUUAAAGGUCCCGAGAUGUUGAACAUGUACGUCGGUCAAAGCGAGAAAAAUGUUAGACAAGUAUUCGAGCGAGCAAGAGCUGCGGCUCCGUGUAUAAUAUUUUUUGACGAGCUGGACUCAUUGGCUCCCAAUCGUGGUCGCAGCGGUGAUAGUGGAGGAGUCAUGGACCGCGUGGUAUCCCAGUUACUCGCCGAAAUGGAUGGCCUCGAUUCCUCCAGCAAUAUAUUUAUUAUAGGCGCUACGAACAGGCCAGACCUCAUCGAUCGUGCCCUUCUCAGACCUGGUCGUUUCGACAAAUUACUAUACGUCGGAAUUCAUUCCAACCGUGAUUCGCAAUUAAAAGUACUGGAGGCGUUGACUCGUAAAUUCAAAUUGCGCGAAAACGGAAAAGAAUUAUCGAAACUGGUACACGAGUUACCGGAUCACACGACUGGUGCUGACCUGUACUCUGUCUGUUCCAACGCGUGGUUGAACGCUGCACGUAGAGUCUUGAGCGAAUACGAUCAGUCUACUUUCGACAAGAUCGAAUCGAACGAUUCGGUUACCGUGGAUCUGGAAGACUUCUUGAAAGCCGCACGCGAAUUAAUUCCCUCGGUCAGCGAAGACGAAGCUGAAAGAUACAGAAGGAUGCAGACGGAAUUAUUUUCGAUAUCGUAGCGAUGUUAA